AUGGGCAAUCAACUGACGAGCUUGCCCGCGGAGAUCGGGCAGCUCACGUCGCUGACGAAGUUGAACCUCGGCCGCAAUCAUCUGACAAGUGUGCCGGCGGAGAUCGUUCAGCUCACGACGCUGCAGGAGUUGAAGCUCUAUAACAAUCAGCUGACGAGCUUGCCGGCGGAGAUCGGGCAGCUCACGUCGCUCAGGGAGUUGUACCUCUGCAACAACAAGCUGACGAUUGCGCCGGCGGAGAUCGGGCAGCUCACGGCGCUGACGGAGUUGUUACUCCACGGCAAUCAGCUGACGAGCGUGCCGGCGGAGAUCGGACUGCUCACGUCGCUCAGGGAAUUGUACCUCCACGACAAUCAGCUGACGGGUGUGCCGGCGGAGAUCGUUCAGCUCACGACGCUGGAGGCGUUGUGGCUUCACGGCAAUCAGCUGACGAGCCUGCCGGCGGAGAUCGGGCAGCUCACGUCGCUGACAGGGUUAAGGCUCUACAACAAUCGGCUGACGAGCCUGCCGGCGGAGAUCGGGCAGCUCACGUCGCUGGAGGCGUUGUACCUCCACGGCAAUCAGCUGACGAGUGUGCCGGCGGAGAUCGGGCAGCUCACGUCGCUGGAGAAGUUGGAGCUUUACGACAAUCAGCUGACGAGCGUGCCGGCGGAGAUCGGGCAGCUCACGUCGCUGAAGGCGUUGUGGCUUUUCGGCAAUCAGCUGACGAGCCUGCCGGCGGAGAUCGGGCAGCUCACGUCGCUGACAGGGUUAAGGCUCUACAACAAUCGGCUGACGAGCCUGCCGGCGGAGAUCGGGCAGCUCACGUCGCUGGAGGCGUUGUGGCUUCACGACAAUCAGCUGACGAGUGUGCCGGCGGAGAUCGGGCAGCUCACGUCGCUGAAGGAGUUGUGGCUUCACGGCAAUCGGCUGACGAGUGUGCCGGCGGAGAUCGGGCAGCUCACGUCGCUGGGGGCGUUGUCCCUCUACAACAAUCGGCUGACGAGCCUGCCGGAGGAGAUCGGGCAGCUCACGUCGCUGGACAGGUUGUACCUCGGCCGCAACCAGCUGAUGAGCGUGCCGGAGGAGAUCGGGCAGCUAUCGUCGCUGUUGUGGUUGUACCUCGGCAGCAACCAGCUGACGAGCAUACCGGCGGAGAUUGCGCAGCUCACAUCGCUGAGCGUGUUGGACCUCAGCGGCAAUCAGCUGACGAGUGUGCCGGCUGCGAUACGCGAGCUCAGAGCGGCGGGCUGCGACGUGCGGAUGGAUGACGGCGUGACGGUGGGCGAGUGA